AUGAUUUACAGGUUUGUUAGAGACAGCUUCUUUGGAAGAUUGGCUUAUCAUCUUUCGCAACACAAACUAUUCUCAUACCCUGAAGAACAACCAGAUUAUAUAGUACCUGAAAAAUAUUUAGCAGAAACACUAAUUAAACCAAUAGCAUCUCCUAGGAAUGCGAACAACAACAACAACAGCAACGACAAGAAAGAAAAGACUGUCGAUCCAGAAGGAUUCGAUAAGGAAGAAGUUGAACAAGCUCAAUCAUCAGACGCUUCUGCUGCUUCUGAUGAAACUAAAACUGGUGAUGAUAAUAUCUUAACUACAUGGGACGGUGAUGAUGAUCCUGAAAACCCUCAAAACUGGCCCGUUUAUCAAAAAGCUCUCUUGAUUUUCCAAAUUUCAUUCUUAACUACAUCCGUGUAUAUAGGUUCGUCCAUAUAUACUCCUGGUAUUGAUCAAAUUAUGGAAGAGUUCCAUAUUGGUCCAACGGUUGCUACUUUGCCAUUAACUUUAUUCGUAUUGGGUUAUGCUAUUGGUCCAUUACUUUUUAGCCCAUUUUCAGAAAAUGCUGCAUUUGGUAGAACUUCAAUUUAUAUUCCUACAUUGUUUUUGUUUGUCAUUUUACAAAUCCCUAUUGCCUUAGUUGAUAACUUUGCUGGAUUAUGUGUCUUGAGAUUCUUGAGUGGGUUUUUUGCGUCUCCAUGUUUAGCUACUGGUGGUGCUAGUGUCAGUGAAGUCUUGAAACCAGCAUAUAUCCCUGUUGGUUUAGCUUGUUGGUCUCUUGGUUGUGUUUGUGGUCCUUCAUUCGGUCCAUUCUUUGGUGCACUCUUGACUGUGAAAGCAAGUUGGAGAUGGAUUUUUUGGUUUAUGUGUAUCUUGAGUGGAUUUUCAUUCAUUAUGCUAUUCUUUUCCUUACCUGAAACUUAUGGAAAGACUUUAUUAUACCGUAAAGCUAAAAGAUUGAGAGCUAUUACUGGUAAUGAGCGGAUUACUUCUGAAGGUGAAUUAGAAAACAAAGCUAUAACUACUCAUGAAAUAGUGAAGGAUACCUUAUGGAGACCAAUUGAAAUCUUCUUAAUGGAACCUGUCAUUUUAAUGAUUAAUAUUUACCUUGCCUUGGUCUACAGUAUCUUUUAUUUGUUCUUUGAAGUUUAUCCAAUUUUCUUUGUUGGCGCUCGUCAUUUCACAUUGAUUGAAUUAGGUUGUACUUAUUUCUCCACUGUUAUUGGUAUUGGCAUUUCUGCUGUUAUUUAUAUCAAAAUUAUCAGAAAGAUCUUCACUCAACGUAUUCUUGAUGGAAAGGGAGUUGAACCAGAAGUUUUCAUGCCGUUAGCUAUUGCUGGAGGUAUCUGUAUGCCAGUUGGUCUUUUUAUCUUUGGUUGGUCCGCUACUACCCAUACUCAUUGGAUUGGUCCCUUAAUUGGUGCUGCCAUUUUCUCUGCUGGUGGUUUCUUGAUUUUCCAAACUUUAUACAGUUUUCUUGCUGGUUCUUUCCAAUAUGUUGGUUCUAUCUUUGCUGGUAAUAACUUAUUUAGAAGCUCUGUUGCUGGUUGUUUCCCAUUAUUUGGUAGACCAUUAUAUAAUAAUUUGGCAACUAAAGAAUUCCCAGUUGGUUGGGGUUCGAGUGUUUUAGGAUUCAUUACUCUGGCAAUGGUGGCCAUACCAGUCUUGUUUUACUUGAAUGGUCCUAAGUUGAGAGCUAGAUCUAAGUAUGCUCUAGGUUCUUAA